GGAAGCUCUAGGGUUGUGAGAAAGCUCUGGAGGUGGUGUUCGUCGGCGGCGAGGAGGAGGAGUUGAUCCCACUGAUUGACGGGAGAUGUCUCACCGGAAGUUUGAGCACCCCCGGCAUGGGUCCCUUGGGUUCCUCCCAAGGAAAAGGGCUUCUCGUCACCGUGGCAAAGUGAAGGCCUUCCCUAAGGAUGACCCAACAAAGCCUUGCAAGCUUACUGCUUUCCUUGGUUACAAGGCUGGAAUGACUCACAUUGUACGUGAAGUUGAUAAACCAGGAUCAAAACUGCACAAAAAGGAAACUUGUGAGGCUGUAACCAUUAUUGAGACUCCGCCAAUGGUUGUUGUUGGUGUUGUGGGCUAUGUGAAGACACCACGUGGCCUCCGAAGUCUUAAUACUGUAUGGGCUCAGCAUCUCAGUGAAGAAGUGCGGAGGAGGUUCUAUAAGAACUGGUACAGAUCCAAGAGGUCAGCAUUCAAAAAUUACUCCAAGAAAUAUGACAGUGAGGAAGGGAAGAAGGAGAUUCAGGCUCAGCUGGAGAAGAUGAAGAAAUAUGCUACUGUUGUUCGUGUCCUAGCUCACACUCAGAUAAAGAAGAUGAAAGGUCUGAAGCAGAAGAAGGCACACCUAAUGGAGAUCCAAGUGAAUGGAGGGACUGUGGCACAGAAGGUUGACUAUGCUUAUAGUUUCUUUGAGAAGCAAAUCCCGGUGGAUGCUGUUUUCCAGAAAGACGAAAUGAUUGAUAUCAUUGGUGUUACCAAGGGUAAGGGUUAUGAAGGUGUGGUCACCCGUUGGGGUGUUACUCGUCUUCCCCGAAAAACUCACAGGGGUCUGCGGAAGGUAGCUUGUAUUGGUGCAUGGCAUCCUGCCCGGGUGUCCUUCACUGUUGCCCGUGCUGGGCAGAAUGGCUAUCAUCAUCGCACAGAGAUGAACAAGAAGGUAUACAAGCUCGGAAAAUCUGGAGACGAGUCUCAUAAGGCCAUCACUGAUUUCGACAGGACGGAGAAAGAUAUAACCCCAAUGGGCGGAUUCCCUCACUACGGACAGGUGAAAGAUGAUUAUAUCUUGAUCAAGGGGUGCUGUGUUGGCCCUAAGAAGAGGGUAGUGACACUCCGACAAUCUCUGUUGAAGCAAACUUCGCGUGUGGCUCUCGAGGAGAUCAAGCUGAAAUUUAUUGAUACAUCAUCUAAGUUCGGGCAUGGUCGCUUCCAAACCACUCAGGAGAAGCAGAAGUUCUAUGGAAGGCUUAAGGCCUGAGUCAUUCAUAACUCAGUACUCAGUAGUAUUGCAUUGCUUAUUGACUUUCAAUAAUAUAGUUGUUGAGAUGCAAUUUUGUUUGGUUUGUUUCUGCAGUUUAAAGGCUUGAGUCAUAUGUCAAGAGUAGCUAUAUGAGCAGAGAACUUUAUUUAAUAUUUCGGGAGAAUUUAAAAAGGUUUAGUUACUCUCAA